CCUUUUUCAAGUGAAAUCACGUAACGUCUGUAUAUGACACACAUUAUAUACAUAUGUGUUCCAUUAGUAGUAGUAAUAGUAGUAGUGUAGUAGUAGUAACAACGAUUGAGUGAGUCCUUCUCUUAUAACGGAUGGGAAUUUGGGCAAUGAAAGGAUGAACACUUUCAAUUGUUUUGUGGUCGUCUUUGCUCUUGCGGCAAAUUCAUUGACAAACGCAUAUGAUUACGAAUGUAAUGUGCCUCUUUUGGAUAGAGCUCAUUUAACAGCAACUACUUCUUUACCGGAAAGAGGACCUAACAAUGCAAGACUUAACGGCGGAAACGCAUGGACGGCUAGCAGCUCAGACUUUGGCCAAUACCUGAUUAUUGACUUGGGUCAAGUAAUGAAUAUCACGGCUGUGGCAACCCAGGGAAGAGCUCAUAAGAAUGAGUAUGUUAUGGAAUAUGGUAUCAGCUAUGGUACCAAUGGUCUUGAUUAUGUGGAUUUUAAAGAAGAAUCUGGUAAUAUCAAGAUGUUCAAAGGAAACACAAAUGGAGAUACUAUCAAACUUAAUAAAUUUGAAGUUCCAAUUAUUGCACAAUGGAUAAGAAUAAAUCCAACCAGAUGGCGAGAUAGAAUAUCAUUGAGACUUGAAUUAUACGGAUGUGAUUAUGAAUCCGAUGUAUUAUCAUUUAAUGGAUCAUCUUUGGUUCGUUUGGAUUUGUUAAGAGAACCAAUUGAAACAGAUAGACAUUCUAUACGUUUUCGUUUUAAAACAAAUUUUGCAGAUGGUAUACUAAUGUAUUCACGUGGUACACAAGGAGACUUUAUUGCAUUACAAUUACGUGACAAUAGAAUGUUAUUAAAUAUCGAUCUUGGAUCUGGUAUUAUGACGAGUUUAUCAGUAGGAAGUCUUUUGGAUGAUAACAUGUGGCAUGAUGUUGUUAUAUCAAGAAAUAGAAAAAAUAUUUCUUUUUCUGUUGAUAGAGUGUUAAUAAAAGGAAGAGUUAAAGGAGAAUUUCAUCGUCUAGAUUUAAAUAGAGCACUUUAUAUUGGUGGAGUACCUAACAAGCAGGAAGGUUUAGUAAUAGGUCAAAAUUUCACAGGGUGUAUAGAAAAUUUUUAUUUAAAUACUACCAAUAUUAUUCAUGAAUUAAGAGAAACUGAACUUACCGGAGAAAAUCUAAAAUAUCACAAGAUCAACACAAUUUACAAUUGUCCUGAACCUCCUGUCAUUCCUAUAUCAUUUUUAACGCCUGGAUCUUAUGCUCGGCUUAAAGGUUACGAGGGUAUUUCUUCGUUGAAUGUUUCUCUUGGAUUUCGAAGUUACGAAGAUCGAGGAAUAAUUCUUUAUCAUAGAUUUACAUCUCCAGGAUACGUUAAACUAUUCUUAGAACAAGGCAAAUUGAAAAUCGAAAUCGAAACAAAAGGAAAUUCAAAAGUGAUAUUAGAUAAUUUUGAUGAAAAAUUUAAUGACGGAAAGUGGCAUCAGGUUAUCUUAACAGUGGCAAAAAAUACUCUUAUACUAAAUGUCGAUGGUAGACCUAUGAGAACUAAACGUAUUUUGGAAAUGAUAACUGGAUCAUUAUAUUGGAUUGGUGGUAUGACGGGAGAAGAAAGUAACCGUGGAUUUGUUGGCUGUAUGAGAAUGAUAAGUAUUGAUGGAAAUUAUAAGUUACCAACUGAUUGGAAAGAAGAGGAAUAUUGUUGUAAAAAUGAAAUUGUGUUUGAUGCUUGUCAAAUGGUCGAUCGUUGUAAUCCUAAUCCUUGUAAACACUCUGGUAUAUGCACUCAAAAUUCUGAUGAAUUCUUCUGUGAUUGUGCCAAUACUGGUUAUUCAGGAGCUGUUUGUCAUACAUCAUUACAUCCUUUAUCUUGUGAGGCAUAUAAAAAUAUGAAUUCGGUAAAUCAAAGGGCAGAAAUUAAAAUUGACGUUGACGGAAGUGGUCCAUUAGCACCCUUUCCAGUUACUUGUGAAUUUUUUGCCGAUGGACGUGUAAUGACAGUUCUAAGGCAUAGUAACGAAGUUCCAACACCGGUUGAUGGAUUUGAAGAACCAGGCAGUUUUAUUCAAGAUAUUAAUUAUGACGCUGAUCUCGAUCAAAUAGAAGCUUUUUUGAAUCGAUCAACGAGAUGUAGUCAAAGAAUAAAAUACGAAUGUAAACACUCGAAAUUAUUUAAUUCACCAGUUCCGCAGAAUGAUUAUUUUAAACCAAAUUCAUGGUGGGUGAGCAGGCAGAAUCAAAAAAUGGAUUAUUGGGGUGGUGCUUUACCUGGUUCACGUAAAUGUGAAUGUGGAAUACUUGGAAAUUGUGCGGAUCCAAGUAAAUGGUGUAACUGUGAUGCUGACUUAGAAGGUAGACUUGAAGAUAGCGGAGAUAUAACGGAAAAGGAAUAUCUUCCUGUGAAGCAAUUACGUUUUGGAGAUACUGGUACACCAUUGGAUGAAAAAGAAGGCAAAUAUACCCUGGGACCACUUAUUUGUGAAGGAGAUGAUUUAUUCAAGAAUGUAGUAACAUUCCGCAUUGUUGACGCUACAAUUAAUCUACCUACUUUUGAUAUCGGCCAUAGUGGGGAUAUCUAUUUUGAAUUUAAGACGACGAUUGAAAAUGCUGUAAUUAUUCAUAGCAAAGGGCCUACGGAUUAUAUCAAAGUUUCUAUUAAUAGUGGAAAUCAGAUACAUUUCCAAUAUCAAGCAGGUGGUGGACCACUUGCCGUAAGCGUUGACACGUCUUAUAAAUUAGCUGACAAUCAAUGGCAUUCCGUAUCCGUUGAAAGAAAUCGUAAAGAAGCUAGAAUAAUUAUUGAUGGAGCAUUGAAAAACGAAGUCAGAGAACCUCCUGGACCAGUUCGUGCACUUCAUCUUACUUCAGAUUUGGUGAUUGGAGCAACUGUUGAUUAUAGGGACGGCUUUGUAGGUUGUGUAAGAGCUUUGCUUUUAAAUGGACAAUUACAAGAUAUUAGAAGUUAUGCGAGACGUGGAAUAUAUGGUAUAAGUGAAGAUUGUGUGGGACGAUGUGAAAGUAAUCCGUGUCUUAACAAUGGUACAUGUCAUGAAAAAUAUAAUGGAUAUUGGUGUGAUUGUCGUUGGACUGCAUUCAAAGGACCAAUUUGUGCGGAUGAAAUCGGCGUUAACAUGCGUUCAAACUCAAUGAUAAAGUAUGACUUUAUGGGCAGUUGGCGUUCCACUAUUUCUGAAAAGAUUAGAGUUGGAUUUACAACGACUAAUCCUAAAGGUUUCUUACUUGGUCUGUUCUCAAAUAUUUCAGGAGAAUAUAUGACGAUCAUGGUUUCUAACAGCGGUCAUUUACGUGUCGUUUUUGAUUUCGGUUUCGAACGACAAGAAGUUAUAUUUCCAUCGAAACAUUUUGGUUUAGGACAGUAUCAUGACGUUAGAUUAAGUAGAAAAAAUUCUGGAUCCACUCUUGUAUUAAAAGUUGAUAAUUAUGAACCUAAAGAAUUCCAUUUUGAUAUUAAAACCUCCGCUGAUGCUCAAUUCAAUAAUAUUCAAUAUAUGUAUAUAGGUAAAAAUGAAUCUAUGACGGAAGGAUUUGCAGGUUGUAUAUCUAGAGUCGAAUUCGAUGAUAUAUAUCCUUUGAAAUUAUUAUUUCAAGAGAAUGGACCAGGAAAUGUUAGAUCUUUAAGUAAUACACCUGUUACCGAAGAUUUUUGCGGAGUAGAACCAAUUACACAUCCACCAAAUAUUGUUGAAACACGACCGCCACCUGAUGUAGACGAAGACAAAGUUAGAGCUGCUUAUAAUGAAGUUGAUACUGCAAUUUUAGGAAGUAUAUUAGCUGUUAUUAUUAUAGCUUUAGUAAUUAUGGCAGUACUUAUAGGAAGAUACAUGUCGAGGCAUAAAGGCGAAUAUUUGACUCAAGAAGAUAAAGGUGCUGAAAUUGCAUUAGAUCCAGAUUCAGCGGUUGUUCACUCUACGACCGGCCAUCAAGUUCAAAAGAAAAAAGAAUGGUUUAUAUAAAUCUAUAAGGUAAUAUAAUUAGCGAGUGCACGUUUAUCUUUGGAUAUAUUAUUAAGAGAAAAAAAGUAUACAUAGGGAGAUGAGAGUCCAAAAUUUGUACUUUGUUUCUCUAUUCCCAUGUAAUUAUAAAAUUAAUGAUAAGUGUUUGACAUAGUAGAAAUGACUGUCUACCACUUUAUACAGUUAUAAGAUAAAUCAACGAAAAUGUUACAAUAAUCGCUAUUAUUAAUUAUAAAAGAGAACUUUAAGUUCAACGAGCUCAGAAAAUAAAUGUCGAAUGAAUUGCCACGAUCGAUAAAAUGAAAAACUAUAUAAGAAUUUCAUUAGUGCAGGGACUAA